CUGUAACAUCCACGUGGCAAACAGUACCUAGAAUGACUUAUUACUCAUGGAGAAAAUACUGAUCAAUUUGGGUUGCAGCGAGCAACCAUCGGACGCUCUGGCGGAAAUUCGGCCAAGCCGGAUGGUUGAUCCGGGACAUUUUCAUUUUCAAUACAACGACUGUCUCAAGAUGCGGUAUGAAAGAAAACUGGGACCUCUAGAAACCAUGUACCAUGUUUAUUACAUUCGUGGUGUAGACAUCUAUGCCCAAAUGGCUACCCUGAUGUGCGAAAAAUUCGUCACCAAGGCGGAAGUGACGGAGGCGAUGGUUUGUUUGUUAAAAAGACAUCCAAUGUUGAGGAUGACAAUCAAAGAAACAGACAAGGAAUACCCCGAGUUUAAAUUCGUCGAAAUGAACCCUGUAAAACUUGACAUUCAAGUUUCUUCUUCUUGUGACAAAGAAACUCUAUUACACGACGAAUCGUGCAAAUCCUUUGCUGUAAAAGACGGUCCGUUAUGGAGACUGACGAUCGUGAAAAAUACAAAUGGAGAACCAAUUGGACCAAGAGCAAACGGCCACGAGUUUUCUUUCGUGUUCUGUUUCCAUCACAGUUUAGCUGAUGGAAUUUACCUUCGGACUCUCUUUGCCGAUUUCAUUGAAUUCUUGGACAUGGUUCAAAGAGAGACGAUAGACGCGAGUUCUGUGAAAGAAAUCGAGAUUCUUCCCGCCAUUGAGUACCUCCUUCCCUUAUUAAACCCCAAUCGCAGGGUAGUCUCUUUGGACUGUAACAGCGGACAUCCUUCAAAAUUCAUCGAUGCUCUUCCAGCGUAUGAGGCACACUUCUAUGAUGAAAUCGAACAAUUACGGAACCAAAAACAAUCGACAAAGUCCAUUCGAUCCCAUUUACAGUCAACGAAGUCUAAGAAAUUUCUACUGCAAUGCAAGCAAAACAGUGUGACAGUUACGGGUGCCUGCAUUGCGGCGUCUUGCAUUGCGUUUGGACAGUUGAUCAAAUCGUCAAUAGCAGACGAUGUUAAAGUCUUAAUGAUUCCAGUGGAGAUUAUGGUAAAUAUGAGGCGUUAUACGCAGCAAAACAGCUUGUAUCAAGCCUACCCAGGGGUCGCUGCCGUACACCUUCCGUUAACAGUCAAACUUCCGCUCGUUGAGAACCCGCGGGAACACUUCUGGUACCUUGCAAAACAGUGCACUGACGAUAUCAAUAACAAGAUCAUAUCCGGUUAUCCCCUGGAAUAUAUGUCCACCGAGGUAGCCCAAGAAAUUCACUCCACGCCCAACACGGGAAAAUCUCCCUACGUCCUGUGCAUAACCAAUAUGUCGACAGUUGAUGGCAUCGUGAAGCCAAACCAGAGGGCGCGGUUCCAGUUGAAGGAGUUUCCCGCCAUGACGCAAAUCGGAAUCGACGACAUGCCGAUUUUCUAUGUCGGGAUUUUAUCCAUGGCGCAGGAACUUCAUCUGGAUAUCGGACACUGUCAACGAUAUACGUCACAAUCUACGGCGGCCAAAUUCUCGUGGAAUGUGAUGUCCAUGUUACAGAAUUAUAGUAAUUUGUAAAUAACGACUAAAUAAUUCAACUGCAUUACCUUGUGUGGAGAACAACUGAUCAUCAUUUACCAAUGCAUAUUACGUAUUGCCAUAGAGGUUAUUUUGUUCAUGCGUAUAUAUACUUAUUCGAAAUAUUCUUCGACUACGAAAUUGCCAAAGACUUUUUACUUGUACAUGACACUGUGUAUAUUUUUAUAUUAAAGAAUUAUUAUAAGAGGUAGAUAAUUAUUUACCUUUGUACAAGAAGUUUUCCAUGACAUUGAUUGACCUUGCUAUUGACUAAUAAAUAUUUAAUUUGUAUAUCAUUUUUAAAGCCUGUGUUUAAUAUCAGAUGUAUACAACAAACAUAUUCCUUAGUCCCAGUUGUAUUCUCAUCAACUUGAUUGUUGGGAAUUGAAAUUAAAAAGAAAUUACUUAGUUAUUUUCAGAUAUUUUUCUAAUCAGUUGACUUUUUGCAUGUUGUCAAGUCUGC